AUGGGGACUAUGGGUCCAGGUAUCUGGAUCCUUUCUGCCUUGACACUAAAUUAUGCUUUAGAACUACCAACUCGAGUGUUGAACCCCGCACACAAUGACCAAGUCUGCAGCACCUGGGGAAAUUUCCACUAUAAGACAUUCGAUGGAGAAAUUUACCAGUUCCCUGGACCCUGCAACUACCUCUUUGCUUCAAACUGUAAAAACACCUUUGAAGAUUUCAACAUCCAGUUACGACACUCUCUACACUCUACAAGGCCAAUUAUUUCCUAUGUUAUUAUAAAGAUAGAAGGGCUGGUCAUUGAGAUGACAAAUAGAGAGGUGACAGUGGGGGGAGAAAAGGUUUCCCUUCCAUACAGCCAGUUUGGAGUCCACAUACAGCAGAGUAGCGCCUAUGUGAAGGUAUCGGCCAAGCUUGGGUUGACUCUCUUGUGGAAUAAUGAAGAUGCCCUGAUGCUUGAAUUGUCACCAAAAUACAUGAAAACAACAUGUGGAUUGUGCGGAAAUAUGAACGGAGUCAGUCAAGAUGAAUUUCAGAUUGAUGGUAUGCUACUAACCCCUAUCCAGUUUGGAAACCUGCAGAAGGUGAAUGGACCCACCGAACAGUGUGAGGAUCUUAUUCCAUCUGCCCCACAGAAUUGCAGUGACCUGAAUGCAGUAUGUGUCAGCAUGCUCUCAGUUCCAGCAUUCAGUGAGUGUGACACACGUGUCCCCAGGAAUCCAUACAUAAAAGCUUGUAUGUCAGAUCUUUGUAGCUGUCAAUCUUCAAAACAUACGUCCUGUUUCUGUGAUACUCUGGCUGAGUACUCCCGACAGUGUGCCCAUGCUGGUGGAAGACCAAGAAACUGGAGAGACAAGAUCUGCGAGGUGACCUGCCCAAUGAAUCUGAUGUAUAAUGAGUGUGGUUCUCCCUGUGCUGACACCUGUUCCAAUUCUGAGCGAACCCACGUUUGUGAAGAACAUUGUGUCAAUGGCUGCUUCUGUCCACCAGGAACGGUAUUUGAUGACAUUAACAACAAAGGCUGUAUCCCACUCAGUAACUGUUCCUGUACUUACAACAAUAGGAACUAUGCACCUGGAGAAUCAUACAACACCAAUUGCCACCAAUGCACCUGUCAAGAAGGGCAGUGGAACUGCAAGGCCCUACCAUGUGCUGGGCACUGUUCUUUGGAGGGAGGGUCUCACAUCUACACCUAUGAUGGUCGUCACUAUAACUUCCAUGGAGACUGUUCUUACAUUUUUACAAAGGACUGUGUUCAGAACAUGUUUGCUGUACUUGUGGAGCUGAAAAAGUGCGGUGUCACUGAUACAGAGACCUGCUUAAAAAGUGUUACCCUGUACAUGGAGGGAGGAUUAACUGUUGUCACUGUCAAAUCUUCUGGGACUGUCCUCUUAAAUGGAAUCUAUUCCCGUGCACCUCUUUUUACAGAGAACUUUGCUGUGCUCCAACCUUCAUCAUUUUACUUGAUUGUUAAGAGUUUCAUUGGGAUCCAGAUCCAAAUCCAGCUCAGCCCUCUUAUGCAGAUAUCUGUGAGCUUGGACCCCGAGUACCAGGGAGAUGCAUGUGGUCUCUGUGGGGAUUUUAACAACAUCCGAACUGAUGAUUUCCGAGCUUUUAGUGGUGUUUUGGAAGGAACAGCUUCUGCUUUUGCCAAUACAUGGAAGAGUCUUGGAAACUGUGGUGAUGUGAAGGACUCUUAUGAAAAUCCAUGCACACUCAGCGUAGAGAACGAGAAAUUUGCCCAGCACUGGUGUUCUCAGCUCUCGGACAGCAAUGGAAUGUUUGCGCCAUGUCACACUGCUGUGAAUCCAGCAGUAUAUGAAAAGAAUUGUGUGUAUGACAGUUGUAACUACGAAAAAAGUGAGGACAGUGUGUGUGCAGCAUUGUCAGCCUAUGUACGGGCCUGUGCCAUUGAGGGAGUGAUCCUGGAAGGGUGGAGAGGUGCCAUCUGUGAUAAAUGUACAAAGGACUGCCCAAAGAACAGCACCUAUCAGUACUCUAUUAGCACUUGCCAGAAAACCUGCCGCUCACUGAGUGAACCCGACCCCAGCUGCAGCUUCAAGUUCCCUACUGUUGAAGGCUGUGCUUGCCCAAAUGGGACUUUCCUUGAUGAUAGCGGAGCCUGUGUAUCUGAUAAAGAAUGCCCCUGUUACUACAAAGGAUCAGUAAUGCCACCUGGAGAGGUCUUGUAUGACAAGGGUACUAUGUGCACAUGCCAAAAUGGCAGACUACACUGCGUUGGCAAAACACCAAGCACUGAAGUGUGCCCUGCAAAUAUGGUUUAUUUUGACUGUGGCAAUGCCUCAAAAGGAGGAAAAGGAGCCGAGUGUCAAAAAACAUGUCAAACCCUAGACUUGGAAUGCUUGAGUAUUCAGUGUGCUUCAGGUUGCGUAUGUUUGGAUGGCCUUGUACUUAGUAAUAAUGGCAGUUGUAUUCCUGAGGAAGAGUGUCCAUGUGUCCACAAUGGCGAAAUUUACCAAAGUGAAGAAACCAUUCAGCAAGACUGUAACAAAUGCACUUGCAAAAAUAGAAAGUGGCAGUGUACGAAGAAGGAGUGUCACAUGACCUGCGUUGUUUAUGGUGAAGGACACUAUGUAACCUUUGAUGGCAAGCGCUUCGAUUUUAGUGGAGACUGUGAAUAUACGCUGACUCAGGAUUAUUGCUCAUCCAACUCUGGAAAUGGCUCAUUUCGAGUCAUCACUGAAAACAUCCCAUGUGGGACAACCGGAGCCACUUGUUCUAAAGCUAUAAAGCUUUUCCUUGGGAACUUUGAACUGAAACUGAGUGAAGGAUCAUAUGAAGUAGUGGAAAGGGACAUUGGCAGUGAAGUCCCCUACCAAGUUAGGCAGAUGGGUAUUUACCUUGUGAUCGAAGCCAAAAAUGGAUUGAGUCUCAUGUGGGACAAGAAGACUAGUAUGUUAAUCAAGCUAAGCCCAAAAUUCAAGGGACAUGUUUGUGGUCUUUGUGGUAACUAUGAUGGUAGUGUAUCCAAUGACUUUACCACAAGAAGUCAAUCAGUGGUUGUCAAUAUUCAAGAGUUUGGGAACAGCUGGAAAGCUGCCCCCACAUGCCCUGAUGCUCUGCCUGUACGGGACCCUUGUCUUGCCAAUCCAUACCGUCAGUCCUGGUCCCAGAAGCACUGCAGCAUUAUCAUGGGCCCCAGCUUCUCUAAGUGUCAUUCCAAAGUUGACCCUACUCCUUACCAAGAGGACUGUAUCAGUGACACAUGUGCUUGUGAUUCUGGUGGAGACUGUGAAUGCUAUUGUACCGCCGUUGCCGCUUAUGCUGCUGCCUGCAGUCAAGCAGGAAUUUGUGUAUCAUGGAGAACCCCUGAGAUUUGCCCCCUAUUUUGUGAUUACUAUAACCCUGAAGGAGAGUGUGAGUGGCACUAUAAGCCCUGUGGAGCUCCCUGCAUGAAGACCUGUAGGAACCCAAGUGGUCAGUGCAUUAACAAUCUACCUGGAUUAGAGGGAUGUUAUCCAAAAUGCCCCAAGGAACGACCUUUCUUUGAUGAAGACCUUAUGAAGUGUGUCGCUCAGGCAAAUUGUGGUUGUUAUGAUGACAAUGGCAAACGUUACAAUGUUGGAGCUAUGGUCCCCUCCUACAAAAACUGUGAAUCAUGUAUCUGCACAAAGAAAGGGCGUCGUUGUCAGAUGGAUGUCAGAGCAUGUUACUGUUACUAUGGAAAUAUGAAGUACAACUAUGGAGAUGUCAUCUACAACACUACUGAUGGAAUUGGAGGAUGCAUUACAGCCACAUGCUCAUCCAACGGAACCAUAACAAGAAAUGUCUACCCUUGUGUUUCCACCACCAAAGCACCUGCCACAACCUUCCAUUUUGAUACAACCAGUAAAAUCCCAUUGAAUAUCUCUACAACAGGGCCAAUGUCUCCAACUUCUGUAUCCUGCCUCAAAGAAGUGUGCAAGUGGUCAACAUGGUAUGACGUCACCUGUCCAAAAUAUGGAGAGAAUGAAGGAGAUUUUGAAACCUUUGAGAAUAUCAGAAAAAAGGGCUAUUCUGUAUGCAAAGUUCCUUCUAAAGUGCAAUGCCGUGCUCAAAAGUUUCCUAAAAUCCCUGUUGCAGACUUGGGUCAGAUAAUAGAAUGCAAUACAUCAGUUGGACUUGUGUGCUACAAUCGAGACCAAUUCUCUCAACUAUGUUUCAAUUAUGAGAUCCGUAUACUCUGCUGUAGCUUUGUUCCAUGUGGGGAAUCUUCUGCCUCUACAAAACCUCCUGUAACUUCUUCCACAAAGAUCACAUUGACAACAAAAUCUGCAAAGACUACAAUUACAGCAUCUGUACCACCAACGGGGACAUUAAAUGCAAUAUCAUCUAUGAAAACAACACAUAAGACAUCCACUAAACAGACAAUCACAAAAACCAUCAAGCCUUCUUCAACCAAACCUAAAGCAACUCACACUACUCCAUGUAAGAUAGAGAUGUGCACUUGGACAUCAUGGCUAGAUGUUCAUUUCCCCAGUAUUAUUACAUCAGAUGGAGACUUUGAAACCAUAGAGAACAUUAGAGCUGUUGGAAACAAGAUAUGCCAAAAACCAGAGGACAUUAUUUGUAGAGCUGAAAGAUUUCCAAAUAAAACCAUUGAAGAAGUUGGCCAAAUAGUUACCUGUAAUGUCACCCAUGGUCUUAUUUGCAAUAAUAAAGAUCAGAUAAAGAAUUUCCCCCUUUGUUAUAACUAUCAAGUACAAAUCCUUUGUUGCUCCAUGGAGGACUGUAAAAUAUCUAGCACCCAGGCUCCAUCAACUGCAAAAGUUCACACAACAAAACAUUUUGAAACUUCUUCAACAAAACCACAGUUCACAAAAACUACCAAAAUGGGAGCUCAUACAACAAUGACAUCUAAAAUACCCUUAACAGCUAAGUAUUCAACUCAGUUUAGUACACAAACCACUGGAUUACCAACCACAUCAAGUAAAGAAAAUUGCAUACCAGUUUGUAAGUGGUCUCAAUGGUUUGAUGUAAGCUUUCCUGAUUCUGAGAAAAAUGGUGACUUUGAAACCUAUGGAAACAUUAGAAAUUCAGGAUUAAAAAUCUGCCAAGAACCUUCUAAUAUUCAGUGUAGAUCUGCUGAUCUUCCAGAUAUCCCCCUAGAAGAACUGCAACAAAAUGUGCAGUGUAAUGUCAGUAUCGGUCUUGUUUGCCGGAAUGAGGAACAAACUGGCCCAUUUCCUUAUUGCUAUAAUUAUGAAAUUCGAGUGUACUGUUGUUCCGGAUGUGCAUCAACAGUGGGUAUACCUACUUCUACAAAACAUUCAAUGAGCACCAAACAUGUAACCCCAUCUUCAAAAGUUACUGUUAGUCUACCUCAUACAACAAAGAACAAGGAAACUUUGUUAUCUACCUCACCACAUGCAAAGUCAACUACAGCUUUUAAAAAGAUAACAACUGAAGAAGAUGUAAAAACAUACACACCAAAGAUAACAAAAACUACAAUAUUUACUGCGCCACUUGAAAUGACUAGCCAAAUGACAAAAUCACUGUCUACACAAAGGCCCAUUUCAACUAUAAAAGUAUUAUCCACUGCUUCAGGUAAAACCGUUUCCAUGAAAACUACUAAAAUGUCUACUGAAUCUGGUAAAGUGACAUCUGCCUUCAAAACUACUGGUAAAAUAACUUCUGCCAAAGUAACACCAUCCAUACCAAGUACUGCAUUCCGUAGGUCUACUACUGAAUCUGAACAUGAAGAUGUGACAUCUGGAAAACCUGUGAAAACUACUGAAGUGUCUACAGAAUCUUUCAAAGUCACAUCUGCUUACAAAACAACUCCUGGAAAACCAAUCACUCCUAAAGCUACAUCUCCAAAAGCAACUACAGCAUUCAGGAGGUCAACCACAGAAUCUGAGCAUGAGGAAAGCACUUCACAUAAACCUGUCUCCAUGAAAACUACUAAAAUGUCUACUGAAUCUGGUAAAGUGACAUCUGCCUUCAAAACUACUAGUAAAAUAACUUCUGCAAAGGCAACACAAUCCAUACCAAGUACUAAAUUCCGUAGGUCUACUACUGAAUCUGAACAUGAAGAUGUGACAUCUGGAAAACCUGUUAAAACUACUAAAGUGUCUACAGAAUCUGGCAAAGUCACAUCUGCUUACAAAACAACUCCUGGAAAACCAAUCACUUCUAAAGCCACAUCUCCAAAAGCAACUACAGCAUUCAGGAGGUCAACCACAGAAUCUGAGCAUGAGGAAAGCACGUCACAUAAACCUGUCUCCAUGAAAACUACUAAAAUGUCUACUGAAUCUGGUAAAGUGACAUCUGCCUUCAAAACUACUGGUAAAAUAACUUCUGGCAAGAUAACACCAUCCAAACCAAGUACUGCUUUCCGUAGGUCUACUACUGAAUCUGAACAUGAAGAUGUGACAUCUGGAAAACCUGUUAAAACUACUAAAGUGUCUACAGAAUCUGGCAAAGUCACAUCUGCUUACAAAACAACUCCUGGAAAACCAAUCACUUCUAAAGCCACAUCUCCAAAAGCAACUACAGCAUUCAGGAGGUCAACCACAGAAUCUGAGCAUGAGGAAAGCACGUCACAUAAACCUGUCUCCAUGAAAACUACUAAAAUGUCUACUGAAUCUGGUAAAGUGACAUCUGCCUUCAAAACUACUGGUAAAAUAACUUCUGGCAAGAUAACACCAUCCAAACCAAGUACUGCUUUCCGUAGGUCUACUACUGAAUCUGAACAUGAAGAUGUGACAUCUGGAAAACCUGUUAAAACUACUAAAGUGUCUACAGAAUCUGGCAAAGUCACAUCUGCUUACAAAACAACUCCUGGAAAACCAAUCACUCCUAAAGCCACAUCUCCAAAAGCAACUACAGCAUUCAGGAGGUCAACCACAGAAUCUGAGCAUGAGGAAAGCACUUCACAUAAACCUGUCUCCAUGAAAACUACUAAAAUGUCUACUGAAUCUGGUAAAGUCACAUCUGCCUUCAAAACUACUGGUAAAAUAACUUCUGUCAAGAUAACACCAUCCAUACCAAGUACUGCUUUCCGUAAGUCCACUACUAAAUCUGAACAUGAAGAUGCGACAACUGGAAAACCUGUGAAAACUACUAAAGUGUCUACAGAAUCUGUCAAAGUCACAUCUGCUUACAAAACAACUCCUGGAAAACCAAUAACUUCUAAAGCUACAUCUGCAAAAGAAACUACAGCAUUCAGGAGGUCAACCACAGAAUCUGAGCAUGAGGAAAGCACUUCACAUAAACCUGCCUCCAUGAAAACUACUAAAAUGUCUACUGAAUCUGGUAAAGUCACAUCUGCCUUCAAAACUACUAGUAAAAUAACUUCUGCAAAGGCAACACCAUCCAUACCAAGUACUGCAUUCCGUAGGUCUACUACUGAAUCUGAACAUGAAGAUGUGACAUCUGGAAAACCUGUUAAAACUACUAAAGUGUCUACAGAAUCUGGCAAAGUCACAUCUGCUUACAAAACAACUCCUGGAAAACCAAUCACUUCUAAAGCCACAUCUCCAAAAGCAACUACAGCAUUCAGGAGGUCAACCACAGAAUCUGAGCAUGAGGAAAGCACUUCACAUAAACCUGUCUCCAUGAAAACUACUAAAAUGUCUACUGAAUCUGGUAAAGUGACAUCUGCCUUCAAAACUACUGGUAAAAUAACUUCUGCCAAGAUAUCACCAUCCAAACCAAGUACUGCAUUCCGUAGGUCUACUACUGAAUCUGAACAUGAAGAUGUGACAUCUGGAAAACCUGUUAAAACUACUAAAGUGUCUACAGAAUCUGGCAAAGUCCCAUCUGCUUACAAAACAACUCCUGGAAAACCAAUCACUCCUAAAGCCACAUCUCCAAAAGCAACUACAGCAUUCAGGAGGUCAACCACAGAAUCUGAACAUGAGGAAAGCACUUCACAUAAACCUGUCUCCAUGAAAACUACUAAAAUGUCUACUGAAUCUGGUAAAGUCACAUCUGCCUUCAAAACUACUGGUAAAAUAACUUCUGUCAAGAUAACACCAUCCAUACCAAGUACUGCUUUCCGUAAGUCCACUACUGAAUCUGAACAUGAAGAUGUGACAACUGGAAAACCUGUGAAAACUACUAAAGUGUCUACAGAAUCUGUCAAAGUCACAUCUGCUUACAAAACAACUCCUCGAAAACCAAUCACUUCUAAAGCUACAUCUGCAAAAGAAACUACAGCAUUCAGGAGGUCAACCACAGAAUCUGAGCAUGAGGAAAGCACUUCACAUAAACCUGUCUCCAUGAAAACUACUAAAAUGUCUACUGAAUCUGGUAAAGUGACAUCUGCCUUCAAAACUACUAGUAAAAUAACUUCUGCAAAGGCAACACCAUCCAAACCAAGUACUGCAUUCCGUAGGUCCACUACUGAAUCUGAACAUGAAGAUGUGACAUCUGGAAAACCUGUUAAAACUACUAAAGUGUCUACAGAAUCUGGCAAAGUCACAUCUGCUUACAAAACAACUCCUGGAAAACCAAUCACUUCUAAAGCCACAUCUCCAAAAGCAACUACAGUAUUCAGGAGGUCAACCACAGAAUCUGAGCAUGAGGAAAGCACUUCACAUAAACCUGUCUCCAUGAAAACUACUAAAAUGUCUACUGAAUCUGGUAAAGUGACAUCUGCCUUCAAAACUACUGGUAAAAUAACUUCUGCCAAGAUAUCACCAUCCAAACCAAGUACUGCAUUCCGUAGGUCUACUACUGAAUCUGAACAUGAAGAUGUGACAUCUGGAAAACCUGUUAAAACUACUAAAGUGUCUACAGAAUCUGGCAAAGUCACAUCUGCUUACAAAACAACUCCUGGAAAACCAAUCACUCCUAAAGCCACAUCUCCAAAAGCAACUACAGCAUUCAGGAGGUCAACCACAGAAUCUGAACAUGAGGAAAGCACUUCACAUAAACCUGUCUCCAUGAAAACUACUAAAAUGUCUACUGAAUCUGGUAAAGUCACAUCUGCCUUCAAAACUACUGGUAAAAUAACUUCUGUCAAGAUAACACCAUCCAUACCAAGUACUGCUUUCCGUAAGUCCACUACUAAAUCUGAACAUGACGAUGUGACAACUGGAAAACCUGUGAAAACUACUAAAGUGUCUACAGAAUCUGUCAAAGUCACAUCUGCUCACAAAACAACUCCUGGAAAACCAAUCACUUCUAAAGCUACAUCUGCAAAAGAAACUACAGCAUUCAGGAGGUCAACCACAGAAUCUGAGCAUGAGGAAAGCACUUCACAUAAACCUGUCUCCAUGAAAACUACUAAAAUGUCUACUGAAUCCGGCAAAGUGACAUCUGCCUUCAAAACUACUGGUAAAAUAACUUCUGGCAAGAUAACACCAUCCAUACCAAGUACUGCAUUCCGUAGUUCUACUACUGAAUCUGAACAUGAAGAUGUGACAACUGGAAAACCUGUGAAAACUACUAAAGUGUCUACAGAAUCUGUCAAAGUCACAUCUGCUCACAAAACAACUCCUGGAAAACCAAUCACUUCUAAAGCUACAUCUGCAAAAGAAACUACAGCAUUCAGGAGGUCAACCACAGAAUCUGAGCAUGAGGAAAGCACUUCACAUAAACCUGUCUCCAUGAAAACUACUAAAAUGUCUACUGAAUCCGGCAAAGUGACAUCUGCCUUCAAAACUACUGGUAAAAUAACUUCUGGCAAGAUAACACCAUCCAUACCAAGUACUGCAUUCCGUAGGUCUACUACUGAAUCUGAACAUGAAGAUGUGACAUCUGGAAAACCUGUGAAAACUACUAAAGUGUCUACAGAAUCUGGCAAAGUCACAUCUGCUUACAAAACAACUCCUGGAAAACCAAUCACUUCUAAAGCUACAUCUCCAAAAGCAACUACAGCAUUCAGGAGGUCAACCACAGAAUCUGAGCAUGGGGAAAGCACUUCACAUAAACCUGUCUCCAUGAAAACUACUAAAAUGUCUACUGAAUCCGGCAAAGUGACAUCUGCCUUCAAAACUACUGGUAAAAUAACUUCUGCAAAGGUAACACCAUCCAAACCAAGUACUACAUUCCGUAGGUCUACUACUGAAUCUGAACAUGAAGAUGUGACAUCUGGAAAACCUGUGAAAACUACUAAAGUGUCUACAGAAUCUGGCAAAAUCACAUCUGCUUACAAAACAACUCGUGGAAAACCAAUCACUUCUAAAGCCACAUCUCCAAAAAAAACUACAGCAUUCAGGAGGUCAACCACAGAAUCUGAGCAUGAGGAAAGCACGUCACAUAAACCUGUCUCCAUGAAAACGACUAAAAUGUCUACUGAAUCUGGUAAAGUGACAUCUGGCUUCAAAACUACUGGUAAAAUAACUUCUGUCAAGAUAACACCAUCCAUACCAAGUACUGCAUUCCGUAGGUCUACUACUGAAUCUGAACAUGAAGAUGUGACAUCUGGAAAACCUGUGAAAACUACUAAAGUGUCUACAGAAUCUGUCAAAGUCACAUCUGCUUACAAAACAACUCGUGGAAAACCAAUCACUUCUAAAGCCACAUCUCCAAAAAAAAACACAGCAUUCAGGAGGUCAACCACAGAAUCUGAGCAUGAGGAAAGCACUUCACAUAAACCUGUCUCCAUGAAAACGACUAAAAUGUCUACUGAAUCUGGUAAAGUGACAUCUGCCUUCAAAACUACUGGUAAAAUAACUUCUGUCAAGAUAACACCAUCCAUACCAAGUACUGCUUUCCGUAAGUCCACUACUGAAUCUGAACAUGAAGAUGUGACAACUGGAAAACCUGUGAAAACUACUAAAGUGUCUACAGAAUCUGUCAAAGUCACAUCUGCUCACAAAACAACUCCUGGAAAACCAAUCACUUCUAAAGCUACAUCUGCAAAAGAAACUACAGCAUUCAGGAGGUCAACCACAGAAUCUGAGCAUGAGGAAAGCACUUCACAUAAACCUGUCUCCAUGAAAACUACUAAAAUGUCUACUGAAUCCGGCAAAGUGACAUCUGCCUUCAAAACUACUGGUAAAAUAACUUCUGGCAAGAUAACACCAUCCAUACCAAGUACUGCAUUCCGUAGGUCUACUACUGAAUCUGAACAUGAAGAUGUGACAUCUGGAAAACCUGUGAAAACUACUAAAGUGUCUACAGAAUCUGGCAAAGUCACAUCUGCUUACAAAACAACUCCUGGAAAACCAAUCACUUCUAAAGCUACAUCUCCAAAAGCAACUACAGCAUUCAGGAGGUCAACCACAGAAUCUGAGCAUGGGGAAAGCACUUCACAUAAACCUGUCUCCAUGAAAACUACUAAAAUGUCUACUGAAUCCGGCAAAGUGACAUCUGCCUUCAAAACUACUGGUAAAAUAACUUCUGCAAAGGUAACACCAUCCAAACCAAGUACUACAUUCCGUAGGUCUACUACUGAAUCUGAACAUGAAGAUGUGACAUCUGGAAAACCUGUGAAAACUACUAAAGUGUCUACAGAAUCUGGCAAAAUCACAUCUGCUUACAAAACAACUCGUGGAAAACCAAUCACUUCUAAAGCCACAUCUCCAAAAAAAACUACAGCAUUCAGGAGGUCAACCACAGAAUCUGAGCAUGAGGAAAGCACUUCACAUAAACCUGUCUCCAUGAAAACUACUAAAAUGUCUACUGAAUCUGGUAAAGUGACAUCUGCCUUCAAAACUACUGGUAAAAUAACUUCUGUCAAGAUAACACCAUCCAUACCAAGUACUGCUUUCCGUAAGUCCACUACUGAAUCUGAACAUGAAGAUGUGACAACUGGAAAACCUGUGAAAACUACUAAAGUGUCUACAGAAUCUGGCAAAGUCACAUCUGCUUACAAAACAACUCCUGGAAAACCAAUCACUUCUAAAGCUACAUCUCCAAAAGCAACUACAGCAUUCAGGAGGUCAACCACAGAAUCUGAGCAUGGGGAAAGCACUUCACAUAAACCUGUCUCCAUGAAAACUACUAAAAUGUCUACUGAAUCCGGCAAAGUGACAUCUGCCUUCAAAACUACUGGUAAAAUAACUUCUGCAAAGGUAACACCAUCCAAACCAAGUACUACAUUCCGUAGGUCUACUACUGAAUCUGAACAUGAAGAUGUGACAUCUGGAAAACCUGUGAAAACUACUAAAGUGUCUACAGAAUCUGGCAAAAUCACAUCUGCUUACAAAACAACUCGUGGAAAACCAAUCACUUCUAAAGCCACAUCUCCAAAAAAAACUACAGCAUUCAGGAGGUCAACCACAGAAUCUGAGCAUGAGGAAAGCACGUCACAUAAACCUGUCUCCAUGAAAACGACUAAAAUGUCUACUGAAUCUGGUAAAGUGACAUCUGGCUUCAAAACUACUGGUAAAAUAACUUCUGCAAAGGUUACACCAUCCAUACCAAGUACUGCAUUCCGUAGGUCUACUACUGAAUCUGAACAUGAAGAUGUGACAUCUGGAAAACCUGUUAAAACCUCUAAAGUGUCUACAGAAUCUGGCAAAGUCACAUCUGCUUACAAAACAACUCCUGGAAAACCAAUCACUUCUAAAGCCACAUCUCCAAAAGAAACUACAGCAUUCAGGAGGUCAACCACAGAAUCUGAGCAUGAGGAAAGCACUUCACAUAAACCUGUCUCCAUGAAAACUACUAAAAUGUCUACUGAAUCUGGUAAAGUCACAUCUGCCUUCAAAACUCCUACGAAAUUGUCUACAGAAGUAACUGCAACAUCUCGUGGUGUUUUUACAACACAGUCUACAUCUGAGGGAACUGUGACCACCAAAUUGAGCUCUCAACAACCUCCAAAAUCCACAAAACAAUCAACAUUACCAACUUCAGGAAAAAUGAGCACUGAACACACUGUUAAAACAUCUUCUCGGCCAUCAACAGCAAACACUGAAUCUUUUUCUACAGCCCGAUGUAUGUGCAAUAUCAAUGGAGUUAUGGUGCCUCCAGGGAAAGUGAUAUACAACACCACUGAUAAUGCUGGUUGGUGUUUCUAUGCAAAAUGCAGUCAAAGCUGCAAGGUAGAAAGAUACAGCGAACAAUGUUACAGUUCUACUGUACCAACUGCCACCAGCAGUACCAAGACACCUAAGACAGUAACUGCUCGCACAAGUACUAUGACCACGAAAAAGACAGCAAGCACUCCUAAGACACCAGUAACAAGCAUCAAGACAUCUAAGACAGCUCAAACUAAGACUUCAGCAUCAAGUAUUAGCUCUGCCAGCACUGUCCAGCCUGGGUGCAGUGCUGUCAUGCCUCCACGUAUGGUGAAUGAAACCUGGAUGAUAGACCAAUGUACUGAGGCAACAUGUGUUGGUAAAAACAACAUAGCCAUACAUAAGAAGCAAUGUGCACCAUUACAAGAGGUGGUCUGUGCCAACCGCUUACAGCCCAAGAAAAUAUUUGAUAACAGUGGCUGCUGCUACAAGAGGGAAUGUGAAUGUGUUUGUGGUGGUUGGGGAACUUCUCAUUAUAUCACCUUUGAUGGUACUUACUAUGAUUUUAAUGGCCGAUGCACAUAUGUCCUGGUGCAACAAAUAAAUCCAGUCUUUGAUCACUUCCGAGUCUAUAUCGACAACUUCUCCUGUGACCCUGAGGACCCAACUUGUGUGAAGAGGCUUCGCAUUAUGUACAAAACGGAAACAGUUGUUGUGGAAUCUCAGACUUUGAUUAAAAGAAUAGCCAAUAAGGUAUAUUUAAAUAAUGACAGAGUAUAUCCAGCAGUCUUCAAAAAUGGCAUAGCCAUCUCAUCCUCCAGUAUAUUUGUAAUUGUGGAGAUCCCAGAAAUUGGGGCAUACAUCUCAUUUAAUGUCCUUAGCUUUACGGUGAAAGUUCCAAUCAGCAAGUUUUCUGGUAACACUGAAGGCCACUGUGGAAAAUGCUCCAAUAACCGUGUUGAUGACUGCAUACUUCCAAAUGGACAAUUGGCACCAUCAUGUGCACAGAUGGCAGGGGAAUGGGGAGCGCCGAAUGAAAACCCAUCAUCUUGUAGCUCCUCCUCUACAAGUGCUCCAACCACUAUUUCUAGCCAAUCCACUCUUCCAUACUUCUCUACUCUUAUGUCCAGCCUUCCGCGCACUGUUUCGACAGGAGUUCCAUCUACCUCGCUACGACCUUCAACCUCUUUGACAACUAAAUAUGUGACUGCGGCAGAUGAACCUUGUGAAACUCCUGAGGUCUGCAAACUUAUCUUAAGCAGUGUCUUUGCGAAAUGCCACAGUGUUGUACCCCCAGAACCUUUCUAUCAAGCCUGUUUCACUGAUGGAUGCUCUAAGUCAGAUGGUGACAUUCUAUGCUCUAACUUACAGAGCUAUGCUAGGCUCUGUGGAACACAAGGUGUCUGUAUAGACUGGAGAGACAGCACCAAUGGUUUAUGCUUUUCAAACUGUUCCUCAAACCUGGUGUACAAUCCAUGUGGUCCUGCAGUAGAACCUACCUGUAAUUCCAAAUAUAAUGAUGCCUAUUUCAACAAGUCAAAAGAAGACUUCAUGGAAGGAUGCUACUGCCCCAAGGGAAAAACUAAAUUCAACUCCAUUUCCAACAAAUGCGUAACCACUUGUGGAUGUACUGGUCCUGAUGGAAUGCCCAGAGAGCCUGGUGAAACUUGGGUCAGUAACUGCCAGACUUGUGUCUGUGAUAAAGCAUCGAUGGGUGUUGUGUGUACCAAAAAAAUGUGCGCUUUACCUAACCGUAAAAACUGCACCAAGAAAGGAUAUAUGCCUGUUUCUGUACCAGAUCUAUCUAAUCCAUGCUGCCAAGUCACUGAGUGCCGCUGUAAUGUGAGUCUUUGCGCCAACACUAUAAAGGUCUGUAAGCCUGGCUAUGAGGCUGUGCCAAGUAGGAGUCCAAAUGACUGCUGUCUAGUCUACAAAUGUGAACCCAAAAAAGUGUGUGUACAAAAUAAAACCGAACAUCAGCCUGGAGCCUUAGUUCCCUCUUCAAAUCCCUGUGAAACAUGUAUGUGUGAUGGAAAUAAGACUGAGACAAACGGAACGCAUUUUAUUUCUUGCACUCGAAUCAUAUGUGACAUAAAAUGUGCUCAGGGCUUUAAAUAUACAAAAGUCCCAGGAAAAUGCUGUGGAACUUGUGAACAGACAGAGUGUAUUAUGGAUCUGCCUGAUAACUCUACUCAGUUUCUCAAGCCUGGACAAUCAUGGACACCCGAUAAAGAUAACUGUACAAAAUAUGAGUGUAUCCGUAGGAAAGACAAGUUUUUAACUGUGGCAUCCAAAUUAUUAUGCCUGAAACUGAACCGUGAUGAAUGUGUACCAGGUACCAUUCGAAAAGAUGUCAACGGAUGUUGUGAAACAUGUGUAAAAGAAGAAAAGAAGUGUCAGAAAGUAGGGAUGGAAAACAUCAUACUUCAAAAUGGCUGCAAGUCUGCUAAGCCUAUUCAGAUAUCAUACUGUAAAGGAAGCUGUGAAAGCUAUUCCAUGUACUCUGCAAAAUCUCAGUCUAUGGAGCAAAAAUGUGCUUGUUGCCAAGAGACAGAGACAAAAAAGAUUACUAUUGACCUAACUUGUCCCAAUGGAAAGACAAUAAAAUACUCUUUUAUUAAUGUCACGAGCUGUAACUGUGCUGACACCACUUGCAAAAAGGAAAACAAACAGAGUAGCUCAGAAGAGAACAGCUCUGGACAUAGCAAGUCAGAUAAGAAAACAGAAGAGGAUGAUGAUAAAAAGAAACCAGUAACCAAGAAGGUUCCUCCACAUACAGGCAAAGCAGCACAAACUGUUAGACAGCAAAAGGAUGAAAAAGACAAAAAAACAAACAACAGUAAGGAGAACAGUAGUUCUGAAAAUAAAUCAGAUGCUAAAGAGAAAGUAAAUAAAAAGAUGGAAGAUGAUGAAGUGUUUUCAGUUACCAAGCAGGUUCCUCGAAUUACAAUUAAACAAAUGAAGACUACUAGAUGGGAACAAGACAAAAAAGACAAACAUACAGAGAAUAGUCAGGAGAAUGACAGUACUGAAAAAAAUUACAAAUCAGAUUCUAAAGAGACAGUAGAUAAGAAGAUGAAAGAUAAAGCGGUUAAAGUGUCUCCAGUAACCAAGCAAGUUCCUCGAAAUACAAUUAAACAAAUGAAGACUACUAGAUGGGAACAAGACAAAAAAGACAAACAUACAGAGAAUAGUCAGGAGAAUGACAGUACUGAACAAAAUUACAAAUCAGAUUCUAAAGAGACAGUAGAUGAGAAGAUGAAAGAUAAAGUGGUUAAAGUGUCUCCAGUAACCAAGCAAGUUCCUCGAAAUACAAUUAAACAAAUGAAGACUACUAGAUGGGAACAAGACAAAAAAGACAAACAUACAGAGAAUAGUCAGGAGAAUGACAGUACUGAAAAAAAUUACAAAUCAGAUUCUAAAGAGACAGUAGAUAAGAAGAUGAAAGAUAAAGGGGUUAAAGUGUCUCCAGUAACCAAGCAGGUUCCUCGAAAUACAGAUAAACAGAUAAAGACUUCUAAGCAGCCCGAGGACAAAAAAGGCAAAAACUCUGAUGACAGUAACAAAUCAGAUUCUAAAGAUAGCAAAGACCAAGAGAAAAAUUCAUCAAAACAACCAAUUGAUAUAAAAAGCAAAUCCCAGUCAAAUUGUAAUGAAGAUGGAAAAUCACAAGAUAAAAAAGAUCAAGGAGUCAACACCACCAACAAUCCAACUGACAAAAAAAGUGGGGAAAAAAAGUCUGGAAAGUCUUAUAUUAGACCAAAGUAA